AAUCUCCACCAAAUACUGAUAACUGGAAUGGUAUAGAAGUUGCAUGGAAAACGAGAUUCUUAAGAAACAUAAAGGAUAUUAUUCCUGAAAAGGUAUUCAGUGAUCGGCUGGCUCAAGUGAUGGUGGUUGCGCUCUUGGUCAAUGAUCGGUUGACUUUGGAGUAUCUAGUGAAAUCAGAAACUUCGAAUAAGUCUUUAAUGUAUUAUUGGCAGAAUAUUGUCAACGAAAAAGAACAAAAAUCCGUAAUCAAUAAUCAUAUAUCUGGUAGUCUAAAAAUAUUGGACGCCACGGCUAAAUAUAAUGCAAAUACAAUUGUUUCGAAAGUUUCGAAUCCUCGAGAGAUAGAUACAGAUGCUUCAUUACCAAAUGAACGUUUAGAGUCCGAUGAACAUUUCAUGCCCGUCCGUGAACCAAAGCGGAAAAAGCAGAAUAAAAAAUCUAAGGAACAAGCUAAUUCCAAGAGGGACGAGGUCGAUGUUUUUUUCCAAAGUUCACAAACAGAAUGCAAUGAUGAUGACAACUCCAACUCUCGAAAGAUGCAUGUGUAUGAUUACGAAAAAUUUGAAAAAUCUUUCGCUAAAUUGGAUGAUUCCAACAAGUGGACACUCACAACCGGAACCGUUGUGGAAGACGCUCUUUAUAAGUUCGGCCUACGUUGUAAAUACGAACAUCUUGCUCAUUCGUUUGUCUUGGACCCUGACGACGAUACUUACCUGAAAGAAAAUGUUUUCACCGAAAGCGAAUUACGUGAAAUUCGCCAUUUUCAAGUCAAGGAAACGCCAUUGAUGCCUCUUGACUUGAUUAAAUAUCUAAAUAGCUUCAACCUUAAAACCACUUCAGAAAUUCGGAAACAAAUAUUUAGUCCUGAUAAAAUAGAUCAAGACUUCAAUAGGUCAAGGGAUUUUGAUAGAGACUGGAUUCGAAAUACAAUAUAUAAUUUAUUGCAAGAAUAUGAGUCGAAUACUUUAACGACGGAUCACCUAGAACUUUGGAUACUCGUUCAUGUUUGGAGUUUCACCGAUAAAGUUUUUAAUGAACUUGAGGAAGUGAAAGUGGUCAGAGGGGAGUCGUGUAGCCUGUCGUCAUCAGCACGAAAAAAUCGUGAAAGAACCGUGCCUGGAACAGCAGAUAUGAAAUGA